UGCCUGCCACUGCGUCCCCGCCAGCAGCAGCCGCCGCUGCCAACACACCGCAGCAACAGCACCAGCAGCGGCAACAGCAGCCGCAGCAGCAGCAGCAGCAGCCCGCCACCAGCGCCGUCUCGGCCAGAGGCAGCUGCAAGCAGCAGCAUGGUCGCCAGCAGCAGCGGCGGCGCCGGCUCGCCGCCGCCGCCUCCGGAGACGCACGUCGAGCCGUUCGCUCCUGUGCUGAUGAAGCGGUACUACGCGACGCUGGACCACCUGUGGACCCUCGUGCCACCGUGGGCCGGCUCUGCCGUCGCCUCGGCGCUCGUGUUCCUGCUCGGCGCCACCAUCAGAGAGCUCCACGGCACGUACCGGCGCAAGGACCGCAUCUACCGCGAGAACAUAUUCUACGGGCGGGGCAAGCCCCUGGAGCAGUGCUCGCAGGGCGAGCUCGCCUCCGAGAUGGCCGAGCGCACCUCCGAGAACGCCUCCGCCUACCAGAGCAGCCAGCACAAGCAGGACAUGGUGAACGAGGUGCGCCAGAAACUGGCGUAGGUGACGGGGUCCACCCUCACCGGCCUCAAGCCCACAGGCGGCCGGUGGGGGAGAG